CACUUUACCGAUUCCGAUUUUAUCAUGUGAUCAAAAUGUCUUCGACUCUACAGCAAAAAAUAAAUGAGUUAGAACGAAGAUUGAAGCUUGAAAACAAAUCAAGGGAUCAUGAUAGAACAAAACCUAUGGUUAUGGGGAAUGAUUUUCCAAUUUCGAGACCACCAAAGGCAGAGUCGGGACACCCUAGUCCUGCUAGAAGACCUAGACCUGGGCUGGGUGAAAUAGGUACUGCAUUUUCUAGACCAAGUUCUGCACCUCCUCCAGGUAGACGAAGACCAGCAGCUAACUUAGAUUUGGGAGGAAGUAGAGCACCUAGGCAGUAUGACGGAGCUGAAAUUGAACAGAAAUACCAAGAAAUUAUGAAGAUGACACAAAUUCUUACAUUUUAUGGUCAGAAAUAUCAAGCUGACAUUGCUGAGCUGGAAGCACGUGGAGAUCUGGGUCAUGGUACAUGUGGCCAAGUUGUAAAAAUGGAACACAAAUCGACAGGUCAUUUAAUGGCUGUUAAGCAAAUGCGUAGAUCUGGUAACAAGGAAGAAAAUAAGAGAAUUAUAAUGGAUUUAGAAGUAGUAUUAAAAUGUACAGAUUAUCCUUAUAUCGUACAAUGUAUAGGAUGUUUUAUUACGGCUAGUGAAGUAUGGAUCUGCAUGGAGUUAAUGUCAACGUGUUUAGAUAAAUUGUUAAAAAGAACAAAAACACCAAUACCAGAGAGGAUUCUGGGUAAAAUGGCAGUUGCAAUUGUAAAAGCACUUAAUUAUCUGAAGGAAGAACAUGGAGUUAUUCAUAGAGAUGUAAAACCUUCUAAUAUUUUGUUAGAUGAAAAUGGUACAGUUAAGUUAUGUGAUUUUGGUAUUAGUGGAAGACUUGUGGACUCAAAAGCCAAAACAAGAAGUGCAGGAUGUGCAGCAUAUAUGGCACCUGAGAGAAUUGACCCUCCUGAUCCACAGAGACCAGAUUAUGAUAUUAGAGCAGAUGUUUGGAGUUUAGGAAUAACUUUGGUAGAAUUAGCGACUGGUGAAUUUCCAUAUAAAAACUGUAAAACAGAUUUUGAAGUAUUAACAAAAGUUUUACAAGAAGAUCCACCACUUUUGCCACCAAGUCGAGAGUUUUCACACGAGUUCUGUUCAUUUGUUAGAGAUUGUUUAACGAAAGAUUAUAAAAAGAGACCAAAGUAUAAGAAAUUAUUAGAACAUGUAUUUAUUAAGAAAUAUGAAAGAGAAGAUGUGGAUGUAGCAGCUUGGUUCUCAGAAGUAUCUAAAGUAAUGGCUAAAUUUGAGCCUUCAUGAUAAUGGCAUAUGAAGUUUAGUUGGUAUUUUCAUCAUAAACAAUUUAAUACAAUGCUGGUCAUUGGUUCAAGUGGGAGCUAGCCAGUGGUGUUCGGUUUUUGUUUACGUGUGUGCAUGUGUGAUGCUGCUCAGAAGAUUAUCAAGACAAACUAUGCGACUGUGAACCCAUGUGACGGCCCAAGCUUCUGUUUUUGAUUUUCAACAAUUAUGUAUCUGCAUAAUGUGUAAAGGCUCAAGCAUCUGUCUGCAAAAAAAAUGAGCUAAUAUGUUGCAUUAAUGAUAUGGAUUUAUAUAAUACCCUGUACCACAGAAAAUGCUUUUCUUUGUAAGAAUGCAAUAGUUGUAUGACAAAAAAUGAAAAAGAGACAAGCUUCAGUGGUAUUUAAUAUCAACAAUUUUGCCCUUUAUUUUAUUAAACAUUUUCAUGUUCUUCGACAGAAAAAUAUUUAACGACGACGAUGCAAGUUUUUAACGACCUUGACUGUCUGCAGUGACCUUAAAUCUAUUUCUGCAUCAAUAUAUAUGUAAGAGUACCACAAUUUUAUUUCCUUGAGUGACCAUGUGAGAGCUUAUAAUUUUACUGUGUGUUGUGUGUAUAAACUACCAUAUUUAUGGAUGAAUUUGAGGAAAGUUGAAUGAUUGAGACGAGUGAACCAUGAAAAUUAGGUCAUGGUCAUAUGAAAACUGCCAUGAAGGUCAAAAUCUAUUAAAGUUGUGAUCCCUGAUCCAUUCUGAGAUGUGAACCAUGAAAAUGAGGUCAUGGUCAUAUGAAAACUGCCAUGGAGGUCAAAAUGUAUUAAAGUUGUGAUCCCUGAUCCAUUCUGAGAUAUAUGAACCAUGAAAAUGAGGUCAUGGUCAUAUGAAAACUACCAUGAAGGUCAAAAUCUGUUUUACUUGUGAUCCCUGAGAUGAAAUGUAAACAAUAACUUCUGUCAUCUGUACAAUCAUAUGCCUGUAAAUCUGUUUUGACACAAAAGGAAUUGGGUGUAGUGCUUGUUCUUAAACUUUGUAUAUUGUUUGAGAGGGAACUUGACCAAUUGUGAAUAAUUAUUAUAUCCUGAAAAGUUGCACAUAUUUUCCCCUGAUAGGAAAAUAGAGCUGCAAUUAGGCUUACAAAAAAAUACAUUUACUUUCUCAUUCAAAAUUGUUUGCAGUUACAUAUGAAGAAUGUUGUGCUUGACAAGAUAUAUGAGAAUCUGGAGAAAAUCCAAUGUUUCCAUACAUAGCAUUAUAAAUAUAUUGUUGCAGUAUUCCAAAUUUGGUAUCAAUGCUUCAGGUUAUCUCUAUCCAAUCUGACAUCUAGUUCAAAGUUCAAGGUCAUAAAUUGCAAAUAACACCAACAGAAGGAAAAAAUAUGAUUGAAUGUCACUUUGAAUUUUCAGUCAUCUUGGUACAAAGCUUUGUUAGACUUUUAUGAAAAUAAUGCAUGGAUCCUAUUGAAGUUUAAUGUCACAUGACAUAAUGGAGUUUAUUAUCACAUGACAUUACUGAAGAUGCCACAUGAGAUAAUUGAAGAUGUCACAUGACAUAAUUGAAGAUAACCAUUCAACAUUUGUGAGAAUGUAACCAAAGCAUUUGCUUUAAAAUUCUAUGUAAGCUUUUGGAUAUUGUUUAAAGAACUGUUCUGUAUACAGUUCAAUUUAUGAUUCAGUUCUGUUUUUAAAACAAAAUGCUCUAUUUUCACAUGAAUAAUGUGAAAUUUAGAAAAAGCUGUGCAAUUUAUUUAAUUUAUUUAUGAUGCUCAAGUUAAAAGAGUUUGUGAACUAUUGUACUGCAAACUGGUAUCGCGCUCUAUACCAAGAAGGCAAAUUAUUAUCAAAGGCUUUUUCCUUAAGUAAUUUACUUCUUAAACUGGUUGGAAUCCUGCAAAUUCUUCUUUAAUGUGAGCUAUGUUUGAAAGUUGUCAUGGAGAUUACAGAUCUGUCAUCAUCUUAAAUCAAAGAGAAGUGCUUCCAGUAUUAUUCUCAUUUUUCUGAGAUGACUCUCAUCAAUUUAAAUAUUUUUUGUGGGAAAAAAUUCACGAAUAAAAAAAAACAUCAGUUGA